AGUCACGUCACGUAUUCGUCAAAGAGGAAUUCGUCAAGCAAGUAAAGUAAACAACUUUUUCCUUGUGAUCUAUUUUUUUAUUACAUAAACACUCACAUCAAAAUAGUUAAUAAUUUUUGCUCUUUAUCUAUAGCAUUUUAUGAUACGCUACAAGUAGUUAUUUAGCAGUUCUGUUUUGUUAAGUUUAAAUUUGCAUCAAAUUGUAUUUUGAGGAAAACUCUCCCGUAAUCUUCUAAGGGCUCGUCAUAUCUUGAUAAAGUAUUACAUUUUGCUCUUCCUCUUUUAUCAGUAUGCUGCGUGUGAUUUCUCGUCGAAUUUUAGCAAGGAAAACAACCAAUGUCAGGUUGUAUGCUGCAAGUGCUCAAGCUGCAGUCAAAGAACCGGAACAAGCAAAAAAUGAAAAACCAUCUCGAGAAUCGAAUUCUUUUGUCAUGGGAGUUUUCAAUGGACAAAUUAAAACUGAUCAAGUUUUUCCAUAUCCUGAUGUUUUGAGUAAAGAUGAAAGAGGAACUCUACAAAUGAUGUUAGAUCCAGCAAAAAGGUUUUUUGAGAAUGUGAAUGAUGCUGAUAAAAAUGACGAAUUGGCUGUUGUUGCCCCUGAACUAAUCAAACAAGGUGGAGAGUUGGGUGCUUUUGGUUUGCAAGUGCCUGAAGAACUGGGUGGUUUAGGAUUGAAUAAUACUCAGUAUGCUAGAAUGGUCGAAUUAGUUGGUCGUCAUGAUCUUGGAUUUGGAAUCACACUGGGAGCUCAUCAGUCCAUAGGAUUCAAAGGAAUUUUGUUGUUUGGCAAUAAGAGCCAAAAGGAAAAGUACCUUCCUGAUUUAGCUAUUGGCAAGAAGAUAGCUGCUUAUUGUUUAACUGAGCCAGGCAGUGGAUCUGAUGCUGGAUCUAUCAAAACAAAAGCUGUUCCUUCAGCAGAUGGAAAGUAUUUUACUAUGAAUGGAAGUAAAAUUUGGAUAAGUAAUGGAGGAAUUGCUGAUGUCUUCACGGUUUUUGCCAAGGUUCCUGUUAAAACAGAAAAAGGAACUGUAGAAAAAAUGGGAGCUUUUAUCGUUGAAAGAAGUUUUACUGGAGUAAGUAGUGGCCCUCCUGAGAAAAAGAUGGGAAUAAAGGCAUCAAACACUGCUGAAGUAUUUUUUGAUGAUGUGAAAGUACCUGUUGAAAAUCUUAUUGGUGAAGUUGGUGAUGGAUUUAAGAUAGCAAUGAAUAUAUUAAAUAAUGGAAGAUUUGGAAUGGCUGCUUGUCUUUCUGGCACAAUGCGAUGGGCUAUCGAAAAAGCUGUUGAACAUGCAUCUAACAGAACUCAAUUUGGUAGCAAAAUUAGCCAGUAUGGGACAAUUCAAGAAAAACUUGUACGAAUGUCUAUGGCUCAUUACAUUACUGAAUCAAUGGCCUACAUGGUUUCUGGAAACAUGGAUAAAGGUUAUGUUGACUUUCAACUUGAAGCUGCUAUAAGUAAAAUCUUUGCCUCAGAAGCAUGCUGGUUUGUUGUAGAUGAAGCUAUUCAGAUUCUUGGAGGCAUGGGAUUCAUGAGAUCAGCUCAACUUGAGCGUGUCCUUCGUGAUACUAGAAUUUUUAGGAUAUUUGAAGGAACUAAUGAUAUCUUGAGGCUAUUCAUUGCUUUAACAGGAUUACAGCAUGCUGGUGGCCAUUUGAAAGAGUUGCAAAAAGCUUUGAAGAAUCCAACAGCAAAUUUAGGUCUUAUUCUUGAUGAGGGUGCUAAGAGAGCAAAAAGAGUAAUUGGUCUAAGCAGCCCCCCAUCCCUCUCUACUCACAUUCAUAAUGAUUUAAGUGACUCUGGUGUUUUGGCUUCUAAGUGCAUUGAAAACUUUGGCCUGGGUGUUGAAGAUUUGCUAGUGAAAUAUGGAAAAAACAUUAUCAACGAGCAAUUUUUGCUGAAUCGCUUAGCGAAUUCUGCUAUUGACAUUUACUCUAUGAUAGCUGUAUUGUCCCGAGCAACUUCUUCCAUUGAAAAUAAAUUACCAUCUGCAAAGAAUGAAACAAAGUUUACAAAUCUUAUAUGCCAAGAGGCAUCUGAACGAGUACAUCAAAAUUUAGCAGUUUUAAAAUCAUCAUCAAAACUGGAAAACUUCAAGGUGAUGAGCUCCCUUUCUUCUGACAUGGUAGAGUUUGGAGGAGUGGUCCAUAAUAAUCCAUUGAAUCUGUAGAAUUUAUGCAUUGUACAGAAAAAGUAUUUUAUAUCUAUCCUGCACAUAAAGACAUUGUUUGUGGAGCCAUAUGUAAAUAUCCAAAUAUAAAAGUCUGUGUGAUAUUGUAAAAUGUAAUUUAAGUUUGUACCACCUUUAUACAUUUUAAGUCAUUCACAUAUAACUUGCCUUGGUGUAUCUUAAAAAAAUUUAAUUGCUUGCAUUAUUAUAAUAAUUUUUUUUUCACAUUUUAUUUAAAGUUAUUUAUUUAUUUAUAUUUUUAAUAAGACCUAUUAUUGAAAACAAAAAUUUUAAAAUUUCUCAGAGUUAUAAUUUGUGUUUUCUACGCCUGUAUAUUCUUGUAAUAAAUACUUAAAAUCCA